UUUGUCAGAGAGGAUGCGGGCUCCUGCUGGACUUCGGCAAAGGGGAGCACUGCUGUGUGGACGCGCUCCGCGCCGUCACCGACGCGCUGGAGGGAAGGAGCGCAACUUUGGAGCAUGAAGCCCGGAUGGCGCGGCUCAGGUGGAACAGGAGGGAGCAGGCUCUGUUAGCCCAGGUGUCCACUCUGCAGAACGAGGCCCAGCUCGCUGCCCUCAAGUACCAGCGGAGACUGCACCAGUACAUGCUGCACAUCAACAGCAUUGCAGAGCAGGUCGUUGGCUACUACAAGGUGAAUGGGAAGGAGUUGUCCAAGUCCAGCCACGAGGAGACUGUGGAAGCCUUUCGCGCUGCCAAGGACCCCGUUGUGGUGCAGGUCAUCAGGCGGACCCCCAGUGGCCGCCCCCAUGGCCCCCCUCAGGAAAUCCAUGUGGUGGAUGUGUGCACUCAGACCGACAUCACCUUUGAACACAUCAUGGCGCUGGCAAAGCUCCGACCUUCGACCCCUCCCGUGCCUGACGUCUGUCCCUUCCUGCUCUCUGACAGCUGUCAUUCUCUUCAUACAAUGGACCAGGAUUACUAUGAAGGGACAGACUACCUCUCCCCGGUUCCAGCUGAUGGAGAGAGGACAGAGGAGUUUGAGUACGAGGAAGUGGAACUGUGUCGACUCAGUAGCCAAGAGAAGCUGGGCCUAACUCUCUGCUACAGAACAGAUGAAGAGGAGGAUGUUGCCAUCUAUGUCAGUGAGAUCAGUCCAAACAGCAUCGCUGCCAGAGAUGGACGCAUCCGAGAGGGGGAUCGCAUUUUACAGAUUAAUGGCCAAGACGUACAAGAUAGAGAGGAAGCCAUGGCAGCACUCUCCAAUGAUGAAUGUAGGAACAUCGUGCUGCUGGUUGCCAGACCUGAGAUGCAGCUGGAGGAGGCCUGGCUGGAUGAUGAGCACAGUGAGUUCCUGGAGCAGCUGAAGAUGGAAAUGUUGGAGGAGCAGCAGAGAGAGGAGAUGGAACUGGCUGCCUUACAGGAGGAGCAGGAGUAUGAACAGAGAGCAGAGGAUGACAAGCCCACCUGCUCCACACUCCCUCAUCAUAAAGAUAGUGUACUCAGUUUAAGAGACAGAAUGGAGAGCUCAGAGCAUAAUGUCCUGGCACACAUCCAGAGACGGCUGUCACAGUGCUUGAGAGACAAUCGGGACACACACCGUACCACCGGCUCCACACGGCUGGAGGACAAAGAGGAUGAGGACGAUGAUGAGACGGAGGGUGAUCGUUUCCAGCAGCUCUUGGAGCUGAAGUGUCAGAUACGUAACAGCGGUGAGUACGACCUGUUCUACAGCCACCGCAGCACCAUUGAGUGCAGCAUGGGGGAGCAGGGAGGUGUACAGCAUGAGCUACGUAUGCUCAAUGAGGAACUGCGCAGCAUCGAGCUUGAAUGUCAGAACAUCAUGCAAGCCCAUAACCUUCGUAAGGGCCAGCAGUCUCCCUCCACGGGCCGCUCUGCACCCUUAACUAAAAACCAAAGCCUCCAUCGGAGUGAGCCCACAAAGGGUAAGCUGGCCGACAUUAACGAGAGGCUGGAGAAAUCGGACAAGGACAGCUCCAGUGCCUACAACACGGCCGAGAGUUCACGGAGCACUCCUCUUGCAAUGGACCGCUCCCCAGAGCACUCACUCCAGAGGAUGGUGAGUCUCACCAACCAGAGGAACCUUUGCAGCGGCCUUGCCACUGGCCCUUCUCUUAGCCCAAUCCCAGCAUGCCGUGCUCCAGUGCCAGCCAAAAGCAGUAGCCCUGACCACAGCCAACCUUCCGAGUCAAACCAGACAACUCAAGCUGAGGAGGAGAGCAGCAGGAAAUUCAAGCCACGUGCUUCCCAGAUUCCUUACUUCUCUCCAUCCCACAGUUCCCAGCAGAGGCAGGUCAACAUCCCGGCUCAUGCCCGCCACUACCAGAGCUACAUGCAGCUGAUCCAGCAGCGCUCAGCUGUAGAGUAUGCCCAGAGUCAGCUCAGCCUCCUCAGUGUCUGCAAAGAGCCACAGAGGCCCAUAAAUGAGCCCAAGAUGGAGUGGAAGGUCAAGAUCCGCAGUGAUGGCACACGCUACAUCACCAAGAGGCCUGUGAGAGAUAAGAUCCUGAGGGAGCGAGCCCUAAAGAUUAAAGAAGAGCGUAGUGGGGGAAUGACCACGGAUGAUGAUGCAAUGAGUGAAAUGAAGAUGGGGAGGUACUGGAGUAAAGAGGAAAGAAAGCAGCACCUGGUCAGAGCAAAAGAACAGAGGAAAAGACGAGAAUUCAUGCAGCGUAGUCGGCUGGAAAGCUUGAAGGAGAACCCUCAGAGCAGCAGUGAGGGUCGCAAGGAAGUCAGCAUUAUAGAGCUCAGCCACAAAAAGAUGAUGAAGAAACGCAACAAGAAGAUCCUGGACAACUGGAUGACCAUCCAGGAGCUGAUGACUCAUGGUACUAAGGCCCCUGAGGGAGCCAAAGUGCACAACGCCUUCCUAUCAGUCACUACUGUAUAAAAAAUAACACACACAUUCUACCCCAUGCGGUAUAAUAUACUUGCCUCGUUCAAAGUGGCACUUUUUUUUGAGGACAAUAGGAAUAUUUUUCACAGUUUGUAACCCAAAAAGCAUUUUGUAAAGAAUUUAUCAGUGGUAUCAUACCAUUUUCUUCAUAGUUUUCAGUAUUGUUUUUCAUAUCACUCUACGGGAAAAGCUUUUUUUCUAUGAAAUUAUGACUAUAUAAUUAUUUUAUUACUUCGCUCUAAACAUGUUUUCAAUUCUAUUUUCAUAUUUAUGUUGUAACCAUAUAACUCAAAAUAGUUGUAUGAGCAUCUUAAGAAAGUUGAGUAUUUUCUUUUGUGUAUUACAUACAGUUUCCAGUUGCAACACACAAUGAAUCAGUGGGUUUCCUUCCUUUCCCUAACUUUUUUUAAUGCUCCUCGAAUAAACAGAUCUACUUAUCUUUUACAGCUGAAAUCAUUAACACUCAGUGUUGUCUAGAUUGAGUUCAAAUUAUAUUUCAGACUACUGGUGCAGAGACUUGGACUAGCAGUCCAAUUAAUCAAAGGCUAAUAGUAAACCACACAGGUAUUAUAAAAUUAUGAUAUCUUAUGUAGAAAAAAAAAGAGUAAAAGUAAAUAAGGUAAAAAUUUCAGCUUUAAGGGGACAUAGAACACAUUCCAGUCAUAAUACUGUAGAAUUUGUUCCUAAUUAAAGACUGAGUAUAACUAUGACAAGAAUUUCUUGAAUUAAUGUGUCAGAAAUUCAAUUACCUGAAAUGGAAAAAAUCCCCUUCUGUUUCAAGUGUUUCAGCUCAAAUGCCAUAUCUGUUUUUUUUUUUUUUUUUUUUGGAGGAAAGAUUUGAGGUUUUAGAUUACAGAACAUUGUAAAUUGCUAAUAUGAGCAAACGUUUCUGGUCAACAAAUACCUGUUUCUAAUGUCAUCAGCAGUUUUAUAAAAGCAUCUUUUGAAAGUUUGAUACCUCACCCUACAGUGAAACUGUUUAUAUGUUCUUUCUGUACUUUGUCAACUUGAGACACUUUUCUUACAAAGCUACAAACAAGAAGCUGCUAUACUGACAGGUCAAUAAAAAACAACUUUGUGGACACAUGGAAUAUGUAUGUACUAUAUAUUGUACUUUUAAAACAGAGAUUUUUGAUUUAAAGGAACACAACAUCCCAAGAGUCCAAAAUGUUCUGACUCAUUGCCAGUGCUGCUGCUUGUUUGUUUGGUUUGCAGAUUUGGGUAAAAAAUAUUUUGUAUUCAGUUUUAUUUUUGCUUAAUAUUUUGAGUUUUUUUUCUACAUAUUCAACAGAUGGACCUGCUCAUAGCUUUUACAUACCAAUAUUUUUACAUCAUUUUUACUCUCCACAUACACCUUUACUCAGCAUAGCCUUAACAGCAAAAACUGAAUCAAUGAUGCAUUUGUGUGGCAGACUGACUUAAUACACAAACUGUUUCUGGGCAUCUCUGUGCAACAGGGAGGUAUUGUUCAGCCUUAUUCAUGCAUUGUAUAAUUUGAGUUUUUAGUAACUAGAAAAAUUCAUAGAUAUUGUAUAGCCAUUACUGAAUUAUGUUUGAGGUCACAUUACACUUGUGUUAGGAUGAUUGCCACUGAGCAGGACUCAGACCACAGCAUAUUAGAUCAUUGAAAAACUAAACUGGUGAAAUGAAUGGGUUGCCAUUUAUCGACAGACUUUAAAGUUCAGUUACAUGUACAGUAUACUCAUUCCAAAUGCCUCCUUUUUAACUGAAGUAUUGUAAAUUUGAAAUUUUAAACUGAUCCCUGUAUUUGUUUGGAGUCAAUGUCAAUGGUCUAAUUUUGAGUAAUGAGUAGUUGGCACAUUUGUAGCCAGGUAAAAUAUGUGAUAA